UAUUAAAAAUGAAUGAGACGUAUGGAAUUUUAUUAAACUUGUUUUUAUUUAUUGGAUGCUUUUUGACAUGUUCAGCAUCUAAUACGCCCAAAGUGCGUGUAAACUCUGGAGAGAUUGCAGGUGGAUUUGAGUAUACCUAUAACAGUCAACAAAUUUACUCAUUCUUAGGUAUACCAUAUGCAAGUCCUCCAGUUCAAUACUAUCGAUUUAAAGAACCGCAGCCUGUAAAGCCUUGGUUGGGCGUAUGGAACGCUACCAUUCCUGGAAGUGCCUGUUUAGGACCGGAUUAUGAAUCAAAUCAUGAAAUUGCUGGUCAGGAAGAUUGUUUAUAUCUCAACGUUCAUACGCCAAAGGAUUUGCUUCCACCGGUGAUAGUGUUUUGCCUGGAAAUAACGGAAUGAAAGACCAAGUAGCAGCAUUGAAGUGGAUACAACAAAACAUUGUUGCGUUUGGUGGUAACCCCAAC